UAUGGAGAUAGAGGUAGCAAGACUAGGUGGUGAUGUUGAAAAGGGAAUAGAGAGUAGUGGAGCCUAUUUGAUUUGGGAAGAUGUAACAGUUGUGUUACCAAAAUUUGGAGGAGGAAAAGGGCCAACUAAAAGAUUACUUAAUGGAUUAAGUGGUUAUGCUGAACCUGGUAGAAUUAUGGCUAUUAUGGGUCCUUCUGGCUCUGGAAAAUCUACACUUCUUGAUACGUUAGCAGGAAGACUCUCAGCAAAUCUUGUUAUGACUGGCAAUAUUCUUCUCAAUGGGAAGAAGAGAAGGCUUGACCAUGGUUUUGUUGCUUAUGUGACACAAGAAGAUAUACUAAUGGGAACUCUAACAGUAAGAGAAACUAUCCAAUACUCAGCUCAAUUAAGGCUUCCAAGCAACAUGAGUAAAGAUGAAGUAAAUGAGAUUGUAAACAAUGUUAUAAUAGAGAUGGGAUUAGAAGAUUGUGCACAAAAUUUGAUUGGAAAUUGGCAUUUAAGAGGAAUAAGUGGUGGUGAAAAAAAGAGAUUAAGUAUUGCACUUGAAAUAAUAACACAACCACAACUAUUAUUUCUUGAUGAACCUACAAGUGGACUUGAUAGUGCUUCUGCCUAUUUUGUUGUUCAAGUACUUAAGAAUAUUGCAUGUGGUGGAAGGACUAUAAUAUGCUCUAUUCAUCAACCAAGUAGUGAAGUUUUUGCACUAUUUGAUGACCUUUUCUUGCUAUCUUCUGGUGAAACUAUUUAUUUUGGAGAAGCUAAAUUGGCAGUAGAGUUUUUUGGUGAUUCAGGGUUUGCAUGUCCAACUAGAAGAAAUCCUGCUGACCAUUUUCUUCGUUGCAUUAAUUCAGACUUUGAUGAUGUUACUGCCACUUUAAUAGGAUCAAGGAGAAUAAAUGAUAUGAAAGAGUCAUCAAGUUCACUAAUUUAUUUGCCAACAUCAGAGUGUAGAGUAAGGCUUAUUCAAAAUUACAAAUAUUCAAGCCAUAAAUUGAGGACAAAAGCUAGAGUUCGACAACUUGCAAAUAUUAAAGAUAUUGUAUUUAAAGAAAGUGGAGGGAGUCAAGCAAGUUGGUUAAAGCAAUUGUGUACAUUGAUUAAGAGAUCAUUGAAGAAUAUGAGUAGAGAUUUUGGUUAUUAUUGGUUGAGGAUUAUAGUGUAUAUUAUAUUAUCUAUUUGUGUUGGUACUGUUUUCUAUGAUGUUGGAACCGGUCAUAAUGCUGUAAUUGCAAGGGGUGCUUGUGGUGGAUUCAUUUCUGGCUUCAUGACUUUUAUGUCCAUUGGAGGCUUCCCAUCUUUCAUUGAAGAAAUGAAGAUAUUUGAGAAAGAAAGGAAGAGUGGACACUAUGGUGUUGGUGUAUUCAUUCUUUCAAAUUUCAUUUCAUCAUUCCCAUUCCUAGUUUUUAUGUCUAUGAGCUCAGCAGCCAUUACAUAUAGCCUAGUGAAGUUUCACCCUGGCUUCUUCCAUUUUUUAUAUGCUGCCAUUGUUCUCUUAAGCUCAAUAGCUGUUGUUGAAAGUUGCAUGAUGGUUGUGGCUUGCUUUGUUCCUAAUUUCACCAUGGGUCUUGUUGUUGGUGCUGGAAUUCUUGGAAUUAUGAUGGCAACAGCUGGUUUUUUCAGGCUAAUGCCUGAUCUUCCAAAAGUCUUUUGGAGAUACCCUAUUUCAUAUCUUAAUUACAUGGCAUGGGGCUUGCAGGGUGCAUACAAGAAUGAUUUAAUAGGACUAGAAUUUGACCCUGUAAUGCCAGGUGAACAAAUGAAGAAGAUGAAAGGUGAAGAAAUCAUCAGCUCAGUUCUUGGAUUUUCAGUAAAACACUCCAAAUGGUGUGAUUUGGGUGUUGUAAUAGCAAUUCUCAUAUCAUAUAGAUUGCUCUUCUACAUUGUUCUUAAGCUAAAGGAAAAAGCUUUACCAAUUUUACACACAUUAUACACACAAACAACUCUUCAACAUCUUAGUAAAAGACCUUCUUUUAGGAUAACACCACCUUUUCCAUCAAAAAGAUAUCAUCAUAUCCACUCAUUGUCUUCUCAACAAGACCUUGAUUCCCCACUCCAUUGA